AGCUGCUGCUGUGCGCAUUCAAUGAGACUGCAGAGCGGCAGAGGGGAGUCUCCAUUCAGAAUGCCACAAACAACACAGAUGCACGAAAACCCUCGGGUUUAGACAAAAGGUGGGCCGGCAGGAUGGGGGAAAGGCCUGCAGUUCGUAUUUCGGCUGCGAUCACACCCGUGCAGCAGAUGCUGGCGUCUGGCACUGGGGCUGUGCUGACAUCUCUAUUUGUGACACCUCUGGAUGUAGUGAAGAUCAGACUUCAAGCACAGCAAACUCCUCUCUUUCAAGCCAUAGCAGCAGAAUCAAGACCCUGGUUUAGGGUCACCCGGCCUUCAAAAUGGAAAUGUUUCCUUUAUUGUAACGGGUUGAUGGACCAUGUCUACGUAUGCCAGAAUAUGUCAAGCUGCUCCAAUUUGUACAAAACCUCUACCCACUUUAGUGGCACCUUGGAUGCGUUUGUAAAGAUAACGCGCAAUGAGGGCCUCAGAUCUUUGUGGAGCGGACUUCCUCCCACGCUGGUGAUGGCGGUUCCUGCCACAGUCAUUUACUUCACCUGCUAUGACCAGCUGCGGGAUUUCCUGUGUUACAGCAUGGGCUAUCGGGGUGACCACAUACCUCUCAUAGCUGGAGGAUUAGCAAGAUUGGGAGCGGUGUCUGUGAUCAGUCCUCUGGAGUUGGUUCGGACUAAGAUGCAGUCCCGCCGGCUGCAGUACAGUGAGCUGAUGGUGUGUAUCCGCUCGUCUGUGGCUCAGGACGGCUGGUUAUCUCUGUGGAGGGGCUGGGGACCCACUGUCCUACGGGACGUGCCCUUUUCUGCCCUGUACUGGUUCAACUAUGAGCUAGUGAAGGCGCAGCUGUGUGAACACUACAGGACGCCGCAGGCCUCAUUCGCCAUCAGUUUUACAGCAGGGGCCAUAUCUGGAGCAAUUGCUGCAGUUCUGACCCUGCCGUUUGAUGUGGUGAAAACCCGCCGGCAGAUCCAGUUAGGAGAAAUGGAGGCUCUCGGAGCAGUGUCCAUGAAGAAACCGUCCUCUACAUGGAACAUGAUGAGGAAUAUCUGGAUUGACAUGGGAUACAGAGGCUUGUUUGCAGGUUUUCUUCCAAGAGUGAUCAAAGUAGCUCCAGCAUGUGCAGUCAUGAUCAGCACUUAUGAGUUUGGGAAGACAUUCUUUCAGGAGCGUAAUCUGCAUCAGGCGAGGUGUGGACUUUGAGCUGGGCAAAAGGAUCUGCGGUUUGUCCGAAAACUAGGCUAAGGAAACUGAGUGGGACUCCUUGUCAAACUACUGCAAACACUGUUGAUGCAGAGUCUCCAAAAUCUUAAGUUGUUGGGUGAAGUGCCUACUGACUGGCACAAUGACAUAAAAGCUGUGAGAGUUGAACUGAUACGUUUGAUGCAUCAGAGAUCAAGGACUUUAGUUAUGGUGCAUCAAGUAAACACACAGUUUCUCCCCAAACCCUGUGAUGCCUUAGGGAACAAAACCAAAGCAUGCUGGCAGAAACACUACCUCCCCACUCAACGAAAUGGCUGCCGGUUGGACAUGAGGAUGUUGUAUCUGCCGUGCAUGGAUUCCCUUUUACUAAAGACUCAGCUCUGCCCUCUGCUGUUCAAGAUGAAGAAAGCCCAGGAGGAAUGCAUAAGCUACUACUUCAGCAGGGGAUUCAGAGUAUAUUUCAUUCAAAAAUCAUCUAUUUAAUUGUUUCUUUUUGUGUUUGUCCAAUAUUUGAUUCUAAAUUGCAGUCUUUGUCCUUUAUGUGGACACUAGACUCUGAAGAAGCCACUAGAACAUUUUUUAAAGUUUUGUUUGGUGCAUUGAGAAUGUAAAACACCUUUUAUUAUUAUUAUUAUUAUUAUUAAUUGUUUUGUUUUGUGGCAAGGGAUGUGCUAAUGAAUGAAUGAAUCUCUUGUCUUUAACUAUACAUGUUCACUGCAUUUAGUUCAGAUUUAAGCAAUGUCUACCUACUGAAACACACUGCUGACUUGAAAUGACUAGAUAGUUCUCAUGUUUUAUCAAAUAAAAAAAUAUAUAAAAAGUC